CUCAGGUACUCGCCAUUUAUUUAAUACAGUUCUAGGAUAGAUUCUACGCUAUAUAUCACAAGAUGAAAGACUUUCAAACUAAUUUCCUAGAGUUGGCUGUACAGGAGAAGGUCCUCAACUUCGGUACCUUCACGCUCAAGUCUGGCCGUGUGAGUCCAUAUUUCUUCAAUGCUGGUCUAUUCAAUAGCGGAGCUUCUCUAUCAAAACUUGGCACCUUCUAUGCUGAUGCGCUCAUGAAUUCUGGCAUUGAGUAUGACGUGAUCUUUGGUCCAGCGUACAAGGGUAUUCCAUUGGUGUCGGCAACUGCUGUCGCUCUCUCAUCAAAGCACAAUAAGGACGUGCCCUACUCGUUCAAUCGCAAAGAAGCAAAGACGCACGGGGAAGGUGGAAACAUCGUCGGCUCGUCUUUGAAGGGCAAACGUGUUCUCAUCGUUGACGACGUCAUCACAGCUGGUACAGCUAUCAGAGAGGCUGUGGAGAUAAUCAAGAAAGAGGGCGGCGAGCCUGUCGCUGUACUAAUCGCGCUUGACCGACAGGAGAAGGGCAAGGGCGAGAAGUCGUCCAUCCAGGAGGUGGAAAAACAACUAGGCUUGAAGGUGUGCAGUAUUGUAAGCCUUGAUCAGGUGAUCGAGUAUCUUGGUACAGGAACAUCCAGCGACCCUGCGAUCGUGGAGCGCGUGAAAGAAUACAAGGCCACCUACGGCUGCUAAUUGUCUCUACAAACAACCCUUCUGUAGUGCGAACAUAGGCUCAUCAGAAAUUGAGAUUGAGUGUACCCUUAUGCUCAACUAUUUGCAUAUGAGAGAUUGCACAUUGCAAAUAUCCGGCUGAAAGUCGUACGUUUUCGGCAAUUGGUCUAGGUAUCACAGAGAAGUGAAAUCGGUAAUGUCGCGCAGGGCAGGUUAAAAGCCGUGCAAGGUGGAUUUGAACAGUAAUCUUAGUCGGAUAAAUACAACAAGCAACUAAUUUGCCCAUAUUGUAAUUUGAUAUAGAUAAGCGCAUGCCUUUAGUAACGCUGUGAUAUGGCUGUGACUUUCAAUAUUUAAUUAAAAAUCCUAUAAUAGCAAUGACAUACAUCUGCAGCUUCAGUUUGAACACACCACUACUUGAAGAACGCCAGUGGUUGCAGCUCUUAUAAAAUUGAUCGAAG